AUGUCUGGAUUGGUGGUUUCGUUACUUCGUACGGCUCAGACGGGAUACGAGGUGGCUCAAGGCUUCGCUUACAUGUGUAAACCGCGCCAGACUAACGAGGUAUGCUGCGGUAUCUAUAUGCUGCGCUACCUGUACAGUAUCCAGAAGCACAUCAACGAGCACAAGCCUAUGUCAAUUCUGUCUCAAAUCGAGUCACUCGUCAAGGGUGACUUUAACUCCAACAAGGCAAAUCAAGCCAGGAAAUCGCUCCUAUGCCAGCUAUCUAAGACUGCUUAA